UUUGACAACAAUCGUCAACAAUGGUGGAAACGGAUUCCGUGACAUACAAGGCAGUGUUCGUUUUCUGAGACGAAAAAUUAUCAAUUAUGGUCAAUACUUCACACGAAAUCAUUACAGCGAUGAUAUUGCAAUAAUAUUUCGCUUAAUAUUGUUACAAAACCAUAAGAAUGUGUGAUGUUUGUUCGGAGUUUUCACAGCUUUUACUAAAUUGUGAGGCAAGAUUAACUGACGAUGUUUCCCAAUACCCAACAAUAAGCCAAUACGAACUAGAGACUGUCCUGAACUACAUUAUUUCUUGGCCUCAACGGCAAUGCAUGUGCUGCUACCGAGAUGUAAAAAACUUUGAAAGGUUUUAUUUAGUGGUGCAGAGUAUUUUAUGUUUGUCUGUGUGUCAACUGAAGCUACUCAAGGAUGAGUUGAUAGCUGCAGCUAAGACAUCACCUCCUGAGGAGUGUGAGGAGAAGGCUCAGCCACCUGAAUCUGCCCCAUCCAGCAAUGAAGAGAAAAGUGAUGAGCCCAAGGAGGAACAGGCUCCUGUUGAGCCUGAGGAGUCCAAAACACCUGCGGAGCCGAGUGAGACUGCAGAAGUUCCAUCCACAGCAUCAAAACCUACAGUCACUGAUGAUGCUGAAUUCUGGUCUUUACAGCAAAAGGAAAAGCUCAUGGCUAUUGUCUCGAAAAUUUUCCUUCUAAAUUUCCCUUUAUACUUAGCUUGUAAACACUCGGCGCUUAGUCGCUUAGAUGACCUGUCUGCUCAAGAGAUUUCAAAUUUAAGUUCUUACUGUGACUUACAUGAUACAGAAAUACCUGCAUAUCUACUACGUAAUGUUAGCUUGUUCUGUAAGCUUGGUGGGGUGUGUGCAAUGACGUCAGUAUUUGAGCAUGCGUCGCCCAGCACGCUCCCACUGUCCAUGGCACAUGCGAUUGUGGCAGCUGUGGGUAAUCUCAAGUUGUGGUUGAACUUUCGAGCUGUGGCACAGCUGUUCAUGCCAUUGAGGAGUAAAAUCUUAAAAUACAUGUGCAGUUUGGAGGACAAAGACCUUAGAGUACCAGCUGUGAAGUCUAUGGCAGAUUUCAUGUGGGGAGCAGCGAAAGAGCCUCUAGACGCUCCUCUCACAUUUGAUGGCGACGGUCUAGCCUUAGCCUUCAAAUACUUCAACAGCAGCACCCUGACAAUGAGAUUAGCAGGUGUAGCGCAGAUCAACGCGCAUAUAGCGGCGCACAAUGAGUUGUGUGCGGGGGAGCCGGCGCAGGAUGCUGAGGUGGCUGGCCAGCAGUUGGCAUCCUGGCUUACACAGAAUAAUAUCAUAGAGCAUCUGUUUGGACCUAAUCUACAUGUUGAGGUUAUCAAGCAGUCCCACAUGAUCCUCAAGUUCCUCGCAGUGGAAGGUCGCGUGACAUCAGAGCACGUGGAACUAGUGUGGGCAGCCGCACAAUUGAAACACUGCGGGCGACAGGUGUACGACUUGUUGCCCGGGUUCAUACGUGCGUUGGCGCCUAAGCCGUGCUCGCAUCUGUACAGUUUGCUAUGCUCGCUGCCGCCUAAGGAGCAUACUGAACAGAGCCUCUACUUAGCUUCGGCGCUGAUGCGCGCGAUGUGGUCACGCGGAGCCGCGGGCGCGGGCACGCCUCCGCCGGAGGACGCGCGGCUCAAGCCCGCCUGCAAGCCCGGACACUCCUCCAGCGAGGCCAGCGUCAGCAUGGAGCAGACCAACUCCGACGACGACCCGUGUGAAGAGCUAUCCACAUCGGGUGAGGAAGCGGGCCCCACGCCGCGCAAACAGAGCAAACACCAGCGGGAACUCACAGCAGAACAAGAAGAGUGGCUCCGUGAAGGGGAAGAGCUGACAAAGAAGGAAUGCGCUACCCUCAAAUCGUGUCAAAAGCGCGGCAAGCGCGCCGGAAGCAGCGGCAGCGCGAGCAGCGGCGCCGAAGAGCUGCUGCGACCGCGGAAGAAGAAGCUCUACAAGAAACGGCAUAAGACCAACAAGCAGAGGCACUUUCUAGCAACACAACUGAAAACGGCCGACUUGGCAGAGUCCGUGUCAGAAGUCGAGGAAGAGUCAUCAGGCAGCGAGACAGCACACUGUCAGCUGUUUAGCGAUAAUGUGGACGCCAGCAGGAGGCUAAUGGAACUCCGCCUAAUGGAGAGCUACAACAAACGUCGAGGCGAAGAGGAGGAGGGCAGCGCCUCCUCCGCCAUCUCUCCUCACUCGCACCGCCUGCCCGACCUCGACGAGGACGACUCGGCUUGCGAGGAGGAGUUAGCACGACUCGCCGCGCAGUUAGGGUUCAACAACAAACCUCGGGGAGAAGAGGAGGAGGGCAGCGCCUCCUCCGCCAUAUCUCCUCACUCGCACCGCCUGCUCGACCUCGACGAGAAAGACUCGGCCUGCGAGGAGGAAUUAGCACGACUCGCCGCGCAGGCGCAGUGUCUCACUGGUUACGCGGCCGGCGCGCUGUCCCCGCGCGCGCGGCCGCCGUCCCCGGCCGCGCCGGCGCCGCUGGCCUGCAACGUGGACGACGUGUGCCGCCCGGGCAACACGCUGCUCUGGGACUUGUUGCAGGACGGAGCUAUAGAGCAACUCGGUGAAGGCCUGGCUCUAGAGGCGGAGAAGGCGCUCUGCGCGCUGCUCUGCUUUAGCACCGACAAGUUCAUCCGAAUCAAGUUUAUCGAAGGAUGCCUUGAUAAUCUUGCCAAUCACAGGUCUGUGGCAGUCUCGCUUCGUCUUUUGCCGAAGUUAUUCUCAUCAUUUCAACAACUACGCGGAAUGGAUAUGCAUCAGGUGGUAAUGUGGGCAGAGCGCGAACGCGGCAUGAUGCGAUUAUUUCUCGAAGACCUGCGUCACUACGCGUCCCAACCGCGGGCCGCGGGCGAGGCGGCACAUUAUGCGCACAUCACAGAACUCACUGUUCGACUGCACUUCCUCACCGCCAUCUUCUCGCCCGUCGGGUCGCCGCAGCACUUCCGGUUAACAGUAGAUCAAGUAGAAGAGCUAUGGCAGUGUCUCGUGGUCCGCGGCACUCCAGAAUGCGCCGACUGCCUGUAUUCCUGGCUGCUGUCGCACACCAAGUCGCCCGAGCAGCACGCGCUGGGCCUGGACGCGCUCCGGUUCCUAUACAUCGAGAAGAUGCCCACCCUGGACCCUGAGACGAUAAGCAUCAUGGGCCUCAGCCUGUACCAGCAGCUGUGCAACCUGGCGCGGAUGGCGCUGGGCACCGGCGGCACCGGCGACGCGCACCCGCACACGCUCGCCAUCGACCACCUCUGGAAGAUCGCUCUCCGCGCCAACAGCACCGACGUUUCCAUGGGCGCCAUUCAAUACCUGAACAGCUACUACAUGGGCCAGCAAUUACUACAAGAGGACGACUUCGUCUCCAAGUGCAUGUUCCAUCUCUCCUCCGCAGCCGAGAGGCUCAUAGUGAAAGAGCAGGAAGACGAGAGCUCGAUACCGUCCAUGACGUGCGAAGAGAAGACAGAGACGGAGAAGGUUCCGGAUAAACAGAACAUUUAUGAGCAUAUGACGGAGGAUGCGGCGCUGCAGUGUGUGCAAAGGGCGCUGCUGUUGUUGAAAACACAUUUGGAUACAUUUAAAAGAAGAUAUGCAUAUCACCUCCGCCGCUGGGCGCUAGCGGAGACAGGAGCUUGGGAAGGCACGGGCGGGGCCGGCACCGUACGGCUCACACUACAACCGGCCGGCGCGGGACCUCGAGCGUCGCUGAGCUUACAUCAUUCCGACCUUGUCGCACAUCUACGUGCCCACGUUCACUGCUGGUGGGAGCGGCAGAUUCAAGGCGAGGAGGGUGUAACGGCGCUGGCGACGGACGGUCCGCUACGUAUGAUCACACAGGGGCAGGAGCUGACGAUAGACUACGACGAGAGAACGCUUUACGACAUGGGGUUUAAGGACAAUCAGCUGGUGUUCGUGUCAGUGGGAGUAGGCGCACGCUCCGCCUGGGCUGAAUGGCCGUCGGCGCAGCCCGCGCCGGCCCGCACUCGGCUACCUACACUGUUACUACUGGACCCCGCCUACUUCAACCAUCUGUUCACGCUGAUGCAAGCGCUGGGACGCAUGCGAGAGCCGGGCGCUACCGGGCCCGCGCCGGCCCGCACUCGGCUACCCACUCUGUUACUACUGGACCCCGCCUACUUCAACCAUCUGUUCACGCUGAUGCAAGCGCUGGGACGCAUGCGAGAGCCGGGCGCUAACGGGCCCGCGCCGGCCCGCACUCGGCUACCCACUCUGUUACUACUGGACCCCGCCUACUUCAACCAUCUGUUCACGCUGAUGCAAGCGCUGGGACGCAUGCGAGAGCCGGGCGCUACCGGGCCCGCGCCGGCCCGCACUCGGCUACCCACUCUGUUACUACUGGACCCCGCCUACUUCAACCAUCUGUUCACGCUGAUGCAAGCGCUGGGACGCAUGCGAGAGCCGGGCGCUACCGGGCCCGCGCCGGCCCGCACUCGGCUACCCACUCUGUUACUACUGGACCCCGCCUACUUCAACCAUCUGUUCACGCUGAUGCAAGCGCUGGGACGCAUGCGAGAGCCGGGCGCUACCGGGCCCGCGCCGGCCCGCACUCGGCUACCCACUCUGUUACUACUGGACCCCGCCUACUUCAACCAUCUGUUCACGCUGAUGCAAGCGCUGGGACGCAUGCGAGAGCCGGGCGCUACCGGGCCCGCGCCGGCCCGCACUCGGCUACCCACUCUGUUACUACUGGACCCCGCCUACUUCAACCAUCUGUUCACGCUGAUGCAAGCGCUGGGACGCAUGCGAGAGCCGGGCGCUACCGGGCCCGCGCCGGCCCGCACUCGGCUACCCACUCUGUUACUACUGGACCCCGCCUACUUCAACCAUCUGUUCACGCUGAUGCAAGCGCUGGGACGCAUGCGAGAGCCGGGCGCUACCGGGCCCGCGCCGGCCCGCACUCGGCUACCCACUCUGUUACUACUGGACCCCGCCUACUUCAACCAUCUGUUCACGCUGAUGCAAGCGCUGGGACGCAUGCGAGAGCCGGGCGCUACCGGGCCCGCGCCGGCCCGCACUCGGCUACCCACUCUGUUACUACUGGACCCCGCCUACUUCAACCAUCUGUUCACGCUGAUGCAAGCGCUGGGACGCAUGCGAGAGCCGGGCGCUACCGGGCCCGCGCCGGCCCGCACUCGGCUACCCACUCUGUUACUACUGGACCCCGCCUACUUCAACCAUCUGUUCACGCUGAUGCAAGCGCUGGGACGCAUGCGAGAGCCGGGCGCUACCGGGCCCGCGCCGGCCCGCACUCGGCUACCCACUCUGUUACUACUGGACCCCGCCUACUUCAACCAUCUGUUCACGCUGAUGCAAGCGCUGGGACGCAUGCGAGAGCCGGGCGCUACCGGGCCCGCGCCGGCCCGCACUCGGCUACCCACUCUGUUACUACUGGACCCCGCCUACUUCAACCAUCUGUUCACGCUGAUGCAAGCGCUGGGACGCAUGCGAGAGCCGGGCGCUACCGGGCCCGCGCCGGCCCGCACUCGGCUACCCACUCUGUUACUACUGGACCCCGCCUACUUCAACCAUCUGUUCACGCUGAUGCAAGCGCUGGGACGCAUGCGAGAGCCGGGCGCUACCGGGCCCGCGCCGGCCCGCACUCGGCUACCCACUCUGUUACUACUGGACCCCGCCUACUUCAACCAUCUGUUCACGCUGAUGCAAGCGCUGGGACGCAUGCGAGAGCCGGGCGCUACCGGGGUUAGUACAGAGACAAGUUUAGAAACAGAUUUAUUUAGAACAGUGGGAGUAGGCGCACGCUCUGCCUGGGCUGAAUGGCCGUCGGCGCAGCCCGCGCCGGCCCGCACUCGGCUACCCACUCUGUUACUACUGGACCCCGCCUACUUCAACCAUCUGUUCACGCUGAUGCAAGCGCUGGGACGCAUGCGAGAGCCGGGCGCUACCGGGGUUAUGGGAGUAGGCGCACGCUCUGCCUGGGCUGAAUGGCCGUCGGCGCAGCCCGCGCCGGCCCGCACUCGGCUACCCACUCUGUUACUACUGGACCCCGCCUACUUCAACCAUCUGUUCACGCUGAUGCAGGCGCUGGGACGCAUGCGAGAGACGGGCGCUACCGGGGAUUCAGUGGCCCACACGAAAGCUCAACUCCUAUCCCGGCGGGUCUGGGACAUACUCCAAGCGGUACCACUAAACCCGACCCUACUAGAAGCCUUCCAGAACCCGAUAGAAAGCAAACUACCAGAAUUACUUGACCCCAACAGUCCACAGAAACUCAUGUACUCUCUACACAUUAUUGAUAAGCUGAGCUCAAAUAAUAAUGGACCACCUACGAAGGAACCUUCUGGAAGCGAAAAGACUGAAGAAGAAAAAGUUAAUGUGGAAAAUUGGAAUGAUUUGUUCAUUAAGAAAGGCGGGCUGAGAUUGUUAUAUGACAUUAUGAUGUCUGGUGUGUUACAAAGGAGUGAUGACAGUGAAUGGAGGCAGGAUUGCUUGGCGUUGUUGUUGCAGUUGCUAUGUCGGAUUGGAACGCUGCCUUCUUCAGAUCCAUCGCAGACACCUAAGUUGCAUCCGUCAUUAUUAUCAUUAAUGAGCGUGGAGGAGACUACAGAAAGACUGAUAUCAAUACUGUGCGAAGCGGCGACGUCAAAAGAACCGACCACCUACAAAACGGGGUUCUGGGGUCGAGCGCAGGUGGUGCAACACGCGAUGCGCAUGUGCGUGUGGUGGGCGCGCGGCGGCGGCGACGCGGCGGCGCUGGCCUGGUCGCUGCGCCGCGCCGCGCCGCGCCUGCUGCUCGACGACGCCGACCCAGCGGUUCGUCGCGAAGCCGGCGGCGCCCUCUACCGGCUGUGCUCCCGCGGGGAAGUGGCGGUGCUGGCGCCGCUGCUGCAGCUGCUGCUCGAGCAUUUGCCCCGCGCCGCUGACAUGCGCCACCAGCAUCAGCAACAACAUGUCGACGUUCAUCAUCACACAGAAGAAGGCAAGGAGCCGUAUGGGCCCGCGUGUCGAGACUACUUCUGGCUGGUGUGCAGGUUGAUUGACGGGCUUCCUGAGGACUUCUUCAAAGAAGGCGCAACAUCCGAAGACAGCGGCGCCCCGGACUUAAACGAGUUGUGCGAGCAAAUCCGCUCGUCCCUCGAGAAACGGGAAAUCAUAGAGAAGCGGACAGAGCCGUGUACGCCCGACGACGGUCUCUAUGGACAACUAAGUUUAUUGACACACUUGCUCAAACAUCCAUUAAGGUUUAAGACUUCGGAGCAGGGUACUAGGACGUUAGAAAUGGUGUUCUCGUUUCUGUUCGACGUGCCCAACCCGGAGCACCGCAACCUGCCGAAGUGCAAGUCUCAAAAGUCACGGUCCGCGGCCUAUGAUCUCCUGGUGGAGUUGGUCCGCGGCGCGCCCGACAACUACAUGGUGCUGCAUAACAAGUUGAUGGAGCAUCAUAAACCAGGUCCACAAUCCUCAUAUCCCUGGGACUACUGGCCGGCGGAAGAGUCCCGCUCGGAAUGCGGCUACGUCGGCCUCACGAACCUCGGGGCCACUUGCUACAUGGCGUCGUGCAUGCAGCACCUGUACAUGAUGCCGCAGGCGAGGGCCGCCGUGCUACGCGCCGACCCCGUGCAUAGCCGGCACGGCGCCACGCUGCAUGAGAUGCAGAGGAUGUUCGCUUACCUUAUGGAAAGUGAACGAAAAGCCUACAACCCUCGCAGCUUCUGCAAGGUGUACCAGAUGGACCACCAGCCUCUGAACACCGGGGAACAGAAGGACAUGGCGGAGUUCUUCAUCGACCUCGUCUCCAAGCUGGAGGAGAUGACGCCGGAGCUGAAGAAGCUUGUGAAGACGCUGUUCUGCGGCGUGCUGAGCAAUAAUGUUGUUUCUUUGGACUGUCCCCACGUGUCCCGGACUCUAGAAGAGUUCUACACAGUGCGUUGCCAAGUAGCCGACAUGCGCAACCUGCACCAGAGCCUCGACGAGGUCACGGUCAAGGACACGCUAGAGGGAGACAACUGCUACACGUGCUCGCAGUGCGCGGCUAAAGUGCGAGCUGAGAAACGGGCCUGCUUCAAGAAACUCCCCCGCAUCCUCUGCUUCAACACGAUGCGGUACACGUUCAACAUGUUGACCAUGCUCAAAGAGAAAGUCAACACUCACUUCUCGUUCCCCAUGCGGCUGGACAUGUCCGGAUACGUCGAGAAGCAUCUCAUGCCGGCACAGUAUCAAGAAGAGAAAAGAAAAUCUGCGGACACGAAAAAGGAAGGUGACAGUAGUCCAAGCUCAGAGCCUGAAGAUAACUUGGAAACAGAAGAACAUCAUGAGUACGAGCUAAUAGGCGUAACAGUGCACACGGGUACCGCCGACGGCGGGCACUACUACUCGUUCAUCCGCGACCGGCAGCACGCGCACCACGACCGCUGGCUGCUCUUCAACGACGCCGAGGUCAAGCCCUUCGACCCGGCGCACAUCGCCGCCGAGUGCUUCGGCGGGGAGAUGACGAGUAAAACCUACGACUCCGUGACCGACAAAUUCAUGGAUUUCUCAUUCGAGAAGACGAACAGCGCAUACAUGUUGUUCUACGAGCUGAGUCCGCCGCGGAGCCAGCGCGGGUCCGAAUGCGGCCCGCAGGAGGAGCCACAGUCGUCGACAGCGGGCGAGUCGCCGCAGACGGUGGAGCGGCGAAGCGACGCGACGCCCAGCGUAAAGCUACCCCCAGACUUACUGAAAUGGAUAUGGGACGACAACAUGCACUUUCUGCACGACAAGAACAUAUUCCAGCACGCGUAUUUCACGUUCAUGGGUCAGAUGUGCAGUUCAGUGCCGCAGUCGCUGAUGACGCUACGGCCAGAGGUCACUGAGGUCGCGGCCCGGCUGUCGACGUCCUUCUUCAUCGAGACCUUUAUACACGCCAAGGAGAAGCCAACGAUGGUGUCGUGGGUGGAGCUGGUCACGAAGCAGUUCAAUGCGUCGGCGGCCGCGUCCGAGUGGUUCCUCGGGCACAUGGCGGACGACACGUGGUGGCCUAUGCAGGUGCUAAUAAAAUGCCCGAACCAGAUGGUCCGUCAAAUGUUUCAGAGGCUAUGUAUGCAUGUUAUACAAAGGCUGAGAUCUAGUCAUUGUGCCUUGUACCUGCAGGGUAUGGAGGAAGGCGAGGAUAACAGCAAGUUUGGUGAAGCGAGUUGUGUUACUAGGUUUAUAAGAAUGUUAUUGUCACUGAUGGAGAACGGAGCGCGAUCUCACCUGCGGCAUCUCACCGAGUACUUCAGCCUGCUGUACGAGUUCAGCAAGAUGGGGGAGGAGGAGGGCAAGUUCAUGCUGCGGAUCAACGCCAUCGCCAGCAUGGUCAGCUUCUACCUGGGACAGAACACCGCUACGUACUUCAGCCUGCUGUACGAGUUCAGCAAGAUGGGCGAGGAGGAGGGCAAGUUCAUGCUGCGGAUCAACGCCAUCGCCAGCAUGGUCACCUUCUACCUGGGACAGAACACCGCUACGCUACGGUUAGUCAUGUUGAACGGAGCGCGGUCUCACCUGCGGCACCUCACCGAGUACUUCAGCCUGCUGUACGAGUUCAGCAAGAUGGGGGAGGAGGAGGGCAAGUUCAUGCUGCGGAUCAACGCCAUCGCCAGCAUGGUCAGCUUCUACCUGGGCCAGAACACCGCUACGGUGGAAUCACCAUCGGAAGAAGCGGGCGGCAGCGGAAGCGGGAGCGGCAGCGGGAACACAGAAAGCGCGGGCGACAAGCUACGACCGGGCGCUCUAGACAAAAUGGUGGCGCUAGUGGCGGGGCUUGUGGAGCGGUCGCGGGACGCCAACGGGCAUUUAGCGUUGCAAGAGGCUGAUGCUAAAGCGCUGCUUCAUGCGAAGGGUUUCCCGUUCAUCUACCAGCAGACGCGCGACUGCCUGAGCCUGCAGCAGACGCGCGCGCUGGUGUUCGCGCUGUGCCGCUGGAACGAGCCGCUCGCGCAGAAGAUCGUUAGCAUGAUCUUCCAGGCCAUCGCCAAACACUCCGAGAGCUGCGGAUCUUUUUUCAAGUUGCUGACGCUAUUGGUUGAAGGCAGCGGCGGCGGUGCGGGUGCGAGCGGCGGGCUGCCCUGUUUUACCCAACUAGUGCUGGCGCGGUUAUGGGACUGUUCGGACGUGUGUCCGCACGCUGCGCUGGAGUGGCUUGCGCUGCAGGUCCCACGCAACAAGGCGGCGCACGCCUGGGCGCUGCGCACGGCGGAGCGCUGGGUGGAGCCGCAGCUGCUGGCGGCGCCGGCGGCGCGCGUGCGAGCCGCGGCCGCGCUGCUGCUGGUGGCGCUGGUGCCGUCGCAGCACUUCCGCCAGGGCUACGCGCGCGCGCGCCCCACGCCCGCCGCCAACCACCAGGCCAAGCUGCCCGACACCGCGCACCACACGCUGCACCAGCCUAGAGCGCUGGGUGGAGCCGCGCUGCUGCUGGUGGCGCUGGUGCCGUCGCAGCACUUCCGCCAGGGCUACGCGCGCGCGCGCCCCACGCCCGCCGCCAACCACCAGGCCAAGCUGCCCGACACCGCGCACCACACGCUGCACCAGCCUAGAGCGCUGGGUGGAGCCGCGCUGCUGCUGGUGGCGCUGGUGCCGUCGCAGCACUUCCGCCAGGGCUACGCGCGCGCGCGCCCCACGCCCGCCGCCAACCACCAGGCCAAGCUGCCCGACACCGCGCACCACACGCUGCACCAGGUGUACACAAUGCUCCUGGGCAAGCUGAAAGCGGCGCGGAAAUACACCGACAUAGCGGUGCACGGCACCAUGAAGCUGACGGCAUAUUUCGGUGUCAUGUCCUACUGCGUCGUCAGCCGCGUCGAGAAACUCAUGUUCGGCCAGUACUUCAAUGAUCUCUGGGACCUGUACCACCCGGCGAUAUCAGAGCCCUCUGUAGCGGUCCAUCCGAACAAACAGGCGCUGUUAACGUUUUGGCACGCCGUAUGUGUCGAUUGCGCGGAGAACGUACAGCUAGCGGUGGCGAAUCAGCGGCUCACGAAGCACAUAGCGUUCAACUAUAUACUUGCGGACCACGAAGACGGCGAAGUAGUAGCGUACAACCGCGCUAUGCUCCCUCCCUACUACGCCCUCCUGCGGCUCUGCUGCCGUCGCUCGGGCGCGUUCGCUCGCUCGCUCGCCCAGCACCAGAACAUACACUGGGCCUUCCGCAACAUCGCGCCGCACGCGCACCUCUACCCCGGCGCCGCGGAGGAGCUGCUCAGGCUAGCGCGUAUCCUUGCCGCGCGCGGCAGCGGCAGCAGCGGCAACAGCAACAGCAGCAGCAGCAGCGGGGAGACCGACGGCCGAGAGGCGGCCGCCUUCCGGCGCAGCACGCUCUCCGCGUAUCUGCAGGGUUUAAACGGCAGGACGUGUUGGACGACGCUGAUCUCGGCGUUCUGCACGCUGGUGGAGAACGAGGAUGACAGGCUGUACGUGGUGUAUAAUGGGGGGCUGCAGAUGACCUUCGAGGCGUUACACAGUCUCCACGCAGUAGUAGUGGAAGGCGGCAGCGGGUCCCACGGCGUCCGAGAGGAGCUGCUCGCGGCGCUGCGCUGGGCUCGGGCGCUGUGCCGCACGCUGCGGACCCGGCGCGACGCCAAGGAGGCCCGCGCGCUGCUGCUGGCCUGCAAGGACUGGCCCGAGUGCGCCCGCCGGCUGCUCACCAUGCUCAACCUGCACGCGAGGCCCAAGCAGCUCCGGGACCUGGCGUUAGGCGUGCUGCGCGAGCUGGUGAUGAUCGGCGGCGGCGCGGCGCUGGGCGCGCUGGUGCCGCUGGCGGCGGGCGUGCACGCCGGCGCGCGCGGCGCCGCCCGGCCGCGCACGCGCGCCGCGCUGCACGCCGCGCUGCCCCCCGCCGCCCGAGCCGCGCCGCCCGGCCACGCCCAGCCCACCGUCUACCGCCCCUACCACAAGUUCAUCGACACGUGUUGUCGGGUGGCGUGGCGACAACGCUGCAUGUCGGAGCAGCUGGUGCUACUGUCGGCGCUGUGCGCAUUAGAAGCGGUGCCGCUGCGGUUCAACUACUUCGCAGCCUUCUGGUACGAGGUCGCCACCACGCCGGGAGACACGAAGCUAGAAGAGAUGCUUCUGGAGUGCAGUGUAGUGUCGGAGUACGUUGACGCGGUGUUCGACGAGCGGGAGUCGCUCGAGGACCCCGCCAUACACGACUUCGUGCGACACUACUACCCUAAGCUGAGCGGGUGCGGCGCGGCAGCGGGUGCAGCGGCGUUGUCGGAAGAGUUGUGCGCCUGCGCGGCGCGCGCACCCCCCGUCACCCCCGCCGCCGCCGGGCUGCUGGGCGCCGCGCGCGCGCUCGCGCUCCUGCUCCCCCGCGCGCGCCUGCCCCCGCCCGCCCUGCGCGCGCUGCUGCGCGCCACGGCCGCGCUGCAGCACAGGACCGGUGAGUGCACGUCUCCUGACACCCCCGCCGCCGCCGGGCUGCUGCUCCCCCGCGCGCGCCUGCCCCCGCCCGCCCUGCGCGCGCUGCUGCGCGCCACGGCCGCGCUGCAGCACAGGACCGGUGAGUGCACGUCUCCUGACACCCCCGCCGCCGCCGGGCUGCUGCUCCCCCGCGCGCGCCUGCCCCCGCCCGCCCUGCGCGCGCUGCUGCGCGCCACGGCCGCGCUGCAGCACAGGACCGGUGAGUGCACGUCUCCUGACACCCCCGCCGCCGCCGGGCAGCUGCUCCCCCGCGCGCGCCUGCCCCCGCCCGCCCUGCGCGCGCUGCUGCGCGCCACGGCCGCGCUGCAGCACAGGACCGGUGAGUGCACGUCUCCUGACACCCCCGCCGCCGCCGGGCUGCUGCUCCCCCGCGCGCGCCUGCCCCCGCCCGCCCUGCGCGCGCUGCUGCGCGCCACGGCCGCGCUGCAGCACAGGACCGGUGAGUGCACGUCUCCUGACACCCCCGCCGCCGCCGGGCUGCUGCUCCCCCCGCGCGCGCCUGCCCCCGCCCGCCCUGCGCGCGCUGCUGCGCGCCACGGCCGCGCUGCAGCACAGGACCGGUGA